AUGGCACGACCUCACAAGGCCAUCGCGGCCUUUAACAACCUCUCACCUAGAGGGCGUCUCGGCGCCAUCGCCGGUGUCUUCAUCACCCUCAUCUUCUUCGUCAACAUCCUCUUCCCGUCUUCAAACUCGCUCUUCUCCAGCGGGCAGCGAUGGACCACCGCAUCGUCGUCUAUACUGCGCUCCAAGUUCUUGCGCGCAAAGGCCAAGGCUCCCCGUCGUCCUAUCCACCACCCUAUCCCCAAGCUCAUGGCCGACGCGCAUGAGGCUUUUGACAAGAAGCUCAAGGGCCAGUCCAAGUCGCUUUCCGAGGCCGCGGCCGAGUACCGUCGUCGCUACAAGCGCGACCCGCCCAAGGGCUUUGACCUGUGGUACGAGUUUGCGGCCAAGCACCAGCACGUCAUGGUCGACGAAUAUGAUCAACUGUUUCGAGACCUUGAGCCUUUCUGGCAGCUCACUGGCCCCGAGCUCCGUCUCCGUUGCAUCGACGUUGGUUAUCUUCCGUCGGUGGACCUUGUUCGCAUCGAAAAUGGAACGACCAAGACCAUAGACUUUAGCAAGAAGGGAUUUGAGGACAGUGAAGUCGGUGCUCGUGCCAAGGGCUUCCGUGUCAUGCUGGAGAAGUUUCAGCACAAUCUCCCGAACAUGGACUUCCCCAUCAACGAGAAGGCUGAAGGCCGCAUUUUGGUCCCAUGGGAGGAGAAGCUCUACCAGAACCUCACAGCCGACUCGAGCAAGGGAAUCAAUCACGUCCUUGGUGGCGAAUUCAUUCCCGACUGGCGCGGUGACGGAAAUGUCUGGGAGGCCUACCGUCGCACCUGCGACCCGUCGUCUCAAGCCCGUCGACUGUUUGGAUCUCUGCGCGCCCAGCUGAAGGAGGGCCAGGUCCCUAUUUCGCGCCUGGCCAAGGCUGGUAUCACCACUGACUUUGUGGACGAAGACUUCAAGUUUUCGGAGGACGUGGACGACAAGUACGACUUUUGCGCUCACCCUUGGGCACACUACAACCAGGGCCACUUCUUCUCGGAUUGGCGUACCAUCCAUGCCCUGUACCCGAUGUUCUCGCCAGCAAAGGGUGCGGGUUACUCGGACAUUCUAAUCCCCAGCCACUACUACUUCUCGUCUACCAAACGCUACACUUAUGGCUGGGACCCAGUCAACCUGAUCAUCAAGGACGAGGAUGACAUGGAGACCCCAUGGGAGGAGAAGUCGGACGACGUGUUCUGGCGCGGUGCCACGACUGGUGGUGGAUCUACCCCUGCUGGCUUCCUUGCCCAGUACCAGCGCCACAGGUUUAUCCGCAUGACUUCAGACGACUCAAAGAUUAACAAGACGGUUGUUUUUGCCGACCCGCCUGGUACCAACAACUUUAUUUCUGCGCCUGUGCCGGUUGACGAGCUCAACGCUGAAACCAUGGAUGUCGCCUUCACCAAGGCCGUUGGCUGCACGCAGUACCCAGGCGGCUGUGAUGGUAUGCGCAAGGACCACCGCUUUGCGGACGCCGUGCCUCUUGGCGAGAAUUGGCGCCACAAGUACUUGAUCGACCUCGACGGUAUGGGUUACUCUGCCCGUCUUUUUGCUCUUCUCAAGUCGGAAAGCGCGGUCCUCAAGUCAACGGUAUACACUGAGUUCAUGUCGGAAUGGAUCCAGCCUUGGCUGCACUACAUUCCCGUAUCGCAGCUGUAUAGUGAGAUUUACAACAUCCACGCGUACUUUUCAGGACCUUCACCAUCGAUGCUCAAGGCUGCCAACGUAACACGCGACCAGUUCCAGUCGUCUGGCUUGAACACACGCAAGUUGGACGGCGACGCUGAGCUCAGGAAGAUCGCAACUGCGGGUCGCGAAUGGAUGUUCACCAUUGGCCGCAAGAUUGACAUGGAGAUUUAUGUCUACAGGCUCUGUAUCGAGUGGGCGCGCCUCAACUCGGAUGACCGCGACGCGAUGAGCUACAAGGGCUAA